AACAUGGUUGACACACAGCACUUCUGUCUGCGAUGGAACAACUAUCAGAGCAGCAUAACGUCGGCCUUCGAGAACCUGCGCGACGACGAGGACUUUGUCGACGUGACGCUAGCAUGCGACGGUCGCAGCCUCAAGGCACACCGUGUCGUGCUGUCCGCGUGCAGUACAUACUUCCGCGAGCUUCUGAAGAGCACACCAUGCAAACACCCAGUGAUAGUGCUGCAGGAUGUGGCGUUCACCGAUCUACAUGCGUUGGUCGAGUUCAUCUACCACGGAGAGGUGAACGUGCACCAGCGGUCACUGAGCUCCUUCCUGAAAACGGCGGAAAUUUUAAGAGUGUCAGGCUUGACGCAACAGCAAGCGGAGGAAACGCAUGGUAUGCACACAUCGCUCGGUGCCAACCUGCCGUCGGGUGUCGUGCACCAUCCGAUCUAUCCGGAAAAGAUGCUGGAUGACUCACUGUACGUGUCACAGGGUGCGUCACCGCCGCCGCAUCUCACCAGCCUACAAAACAGCUCCUCCCCACACGGUGGCAGCGGGGUAGGCGGUGGUGGCGGCGGUGGCGGCAGUAACGGCGGCAGUACCCCGAUGGUCAACCAGCUGCUGAAACGGGCCGCGGUCGCCUUUCGACGGGAGCGAAUCAACUCCAGCCACUCGGAUGAGAUGGCGCUCAAGCGGCACCGGAUGUCCGUCGACAGCAACGGGCCGACCAGCAACCGGGAUCCGGACGUGAUUUGUAAUACGCCUCAGACGACCGCCACGGACUUUUCUUCGAGCGCCUCCAAGCAGGCUAUCAACUUACCGUCACCACAGGGCAAGGACCAGUUGCGGCAACAGGACAGCUCUGUCGGUCAUCCGAACAGUGGUAACAACAGCUUCUCCAUCAACAGCUCGAGUAACUUAAUUAAAAGUAGUAUUAAUAACAAUAACAACAACAUCAACAACAACAACAACUUGAACAACAAUCUGCUGCACAGUAAGGAAAAUAGUGGCGGUGGCGGCGGUGGAGUUGGAGUGUGCGGUUCCGGCAGCAUGCCGACCUCGCUGGGCACCUCGAACGGCAGUAAUGCCGGGAGCCUCUGCUCGGCGGAAAAGGAAAGCCUGGCCUCGUCCCCAUCGGAGCGUUCGGCCGAGGACGUCAAGUCGGAACCGCUCGAGCUGCUGUGCGGCACCGGUGGUGAUCAUGAGAACAGCUCCGACUCCGUUACGGACGACCACGGGGACCUGGGGAAGAGUGGACUGGACGUGAAGGGAUCGUUGCGAUCUCCGAACGAUCAUGACCUAGACAGUAACAUGCAUCAUCACGGUGGAGCGCAAUUUCUAAUGAAUGCCAGCGAAAACAAGCUCUUCCAAACACCGCCGUCGUUUAACUUCUCGAUGGCAGCACUGGCAGCAGAUCCUUCGGCGUUGGCAGGGUUUAACCCACAGGCAUUGCAAGCGGUAGAGCUGGCCGGAUCGCCACAGGGUAUGAGCAUGAGCAUGGCCAACCAGCGCUCCUCCUCGCCGCCGGAUGGGUCCGGGCAUGGUGGGGGCCACGGCCACGGCGGGGUACGGCUGUCCUCGCUGCCACUACCGCUGACCGCCUGCCACCGGUGCGACGUGUGCGGCAAACUGCUGAGCACCAAGCUGACCCUCAAGCGGCACAAAGAGCAGCAGCACCUGCAGCCGCUCAACAACGCGGUCUGCAACCUGUGCCACAAGGUGUUCCGCACGCUUAACAGCUUGAACAAUCACAAGAGCAUCUACCACCGCCGGCAGAAGAUCAUGCACCAUCACCACCACCAUCCGCACCUGCACGGUCAGCAUCCGUUCGCGGUCGGCAGUGGCGGCGGGGCGGUCAGCCCACUGCACCACGGUUCCGCCGCUGCGGCCGCCGCCGCCGCCGCCGUUGCCGCUGGCCACCACGAGAUGCUGAACAACAACGCCAGCGCUUCCGACUGUGAUAUCAAGCAUAGUGUCGCGGCCAAGCUCGAAUACAUGUAA